AUGAAGUCCGGCGGAGGCGGCCUGUCCGACAGCGCCAAGAUCGGCCUGGGCGUCGGCCUGGCUGUCGGGGUGCCGGCCCUGAUCGCGCUGGCUGUGGCGGCCACAGUUGCGGGGGUGGUCCUCUAUAGGCGUGCCCACCGGGCCAACCCGCAGCCCCCUUCUUCCUCGGCUUCCGCCGCCUCGACAGCGUUGAAGACGAGCAGCGGUGCCAUGCAACGUUCUCCCAGCAAGACAUCAUCUGGCGCCGUGCUCUACCGCAGCCGAAUGGUGGCCACCAGCACGAACCCGGCCUCCGCCGACGCCCUCGCCGCCGCCGAUCUAGAAGCAGAUCACGACGGCACCGCCAGCGGCGAAAUGCAGAAGUCGGUCUCCACGCUCUCCUUCUCGUCCGUCUCGUCUGGCGGAAGCUGGCGGCGCAACAACAACGUCGACUUGUUCAUCGAUGAAGAACCCGUCUAG